AUUUAAAACCACGAGCCACAAAUAUUGUCGUGUGGUAACCGACAGUGAUUCUACAGUUUGUCAACAGGAAUAAGUCAUAUUAUAAAAAAUAUCAUUAUUUUUUUUUCUUUUUUUUUCACUUUAAUAAAAAAUUUAUUAUACAACGGACGUUAUCAGACAAAGUUGAUUGGAGAUAGUGAAAAAAAUAAUUUUUUAUGUAGUUACUUUAGUAUGAUGAAGACAUAACUGUUACUUAAUACGUCGCUUGCUCAUUUAAUCACUUUUUUUUAAAUAAAGAAAUGAAUAAUAUGAAAAUUUUGAGUGUAAUUAUUUCAAUUUGUUUGUGUUUGGUAAAAAGUAAAAGAAUUAGUGAAUUAUGUGUGCAAGAAAAUGGACAAUUUAUUAGAUGUCAAUGUGCCGGAAAUGAGGAAUUUAAUCUUCCAACCAACGUAAACUACGAAAAUUUAACAGAUUUAACAAUAACAUCAUGCAGAUCAGCAAAUUUACAUUUCUCAAGUUUACCGAACGCUAAAAUAAUCCGUCAUAUAUUAAUUCAGAACAUAAGCGGAAGUUUGAUGUUUGAACCCUUUGUAAUAUCAAAGAAAUUGGAAACAUUUAAGCUAAGAAAUAUAAAAAAAAUACCGAUAAUAAGUCAUGAUACUUUUACAAGUAUAUCAUCUAUAAAAACAUUUGUAAUUGAAGACACAAGAAUUGAACAAUUCGACGAACAAUUUACGAAUAUAAAUAUCGACAAUUUUAUCCUACGCAAUGUGUCAAUAAAACAAAUGAUUGGAAUAAACUUUUCUGGUCAAGGCAAAACGUUGAAAAUAAUUGACACGAUAAUUCGUAACGUUGCGGGUAAUUUGAAUUUCGCAUUUUUUGAAACAAUCGAAAUUAUAAAUUCGACAUUUGAAUUUGAAAAACCUGGCGAUAUUCCUAUUGAAGGUAUAAAUGCUAAGAUUAUAAAUUGCGUAUUUUCAAAUGCAAGCGUUAAUUUAGUUGUCAAUGAAAAUAUAACAAUAAAAGGUAAUUGUGCUGAUGGUAAAAGUUCAUUGAGGUUAUCAUCAAAAUAUGUCCACAGUGUUGGCAAUAGAUUACCAACGGAAAUAAUUUAUACGCAAAAUCGUACUAAUCCUAUUUUGUUUCACAACAUAAAUAAUACUGUAUGUAUUGCUGGUAAUUGUAAAUGCCCUAAAAGUUCUGGUUAUAAUUCGUGCUAUAAAUAUCACCCUGAUAUUUAUCUCGGUAUUGUAUUACUUGUUAUACUUUAUAAUUUCUGAAUAUAUAAAUUAGGUUACCCGAGAAAAAAAAAAGUUAAAAUUCGAAUAGUCACCUUUGCAAAUUGGCGAGAAAUUUUAAUGUUCAUACGAAUGAGAACUAAAUGAGAAUUUUUGGUUUUUUGGUUUUCCGUCUAAAUUCUACACCGUAAUUUAUUUAUUCUGUAUUGUUUCAAGUAUUGAGGUUUAACAAAAGUUACAGAAAAGUUAAAAAUUGUUUAAAAUUUCGAAGCUCGACCAGUCGAAUUUUGUUUAAACUUUUUUUUGUACGGGUAUUGUUUAUUUGUAAUUAAUUUUUAUAAAGUGAAUAAAUA